AAAGUUGAACCAAUAAUGAUGCAACAACAAUAAAUUUUGCAAGGGAGAGAAAAAGAAACAUCAGGGUGCAACAAAACUUGAUAAAAUUGGGGAAAUAUUUGGGGUUGAUUUCCAAGGACUCAAAGAGGAGGCCACAAAACUCUUAAUGCAGAUAGACAGCUGCAGGCAAGCAAGAAGACUAGACCACGAUAUUGAAGUCAAAAAGAUAAGGAUAAAGGGUGCACAAGAAUUGAAAAGUCUAGUAUCUUUUGAUGUUAAAUUCAAAAGCACAAGGAAUAGGAAGAAGGGGGAAAAUACAAGCUCUAGUUCUUGAUGAAGUUCAAGCUAGUGUCUUGGAAUGUUAUGGGGCUGAAUAAUAGAAAAGAGGAGGCGGGUGAACAGUUUGGUGGGGGUGGAAGGCAGGCAUUAUUUGUUUUCAAGAUACAAAAUUAGACGGGAAUGUUUCAGAAAUGGCUAAACAAAUUUGGAGAGAGAGGCGGGUUAGACAUGCAUAUCUUGAAGCAAGUGGAAUAAGGGGGGUAUAUUAUUGAUGUGGGAUGAGAGGGUUUGGAAGGGAGAAGUUCUGGAGUUAGGAAUGUACUCGAUCACUUGUAAGUUUGAAUCACAACUUCAAACUUUCAAGUGCCACAUCACAGGAGUAUAUGCUCCUAAUUGUUACAAAGAAAGAAGAAUAGUUUGGGAUGAAUUGAGCUCUGUGAGGGGACUGAUGGAAGGGUCUUGGGCCAUUUGUGGGGAUUUUAAUGUCACUAGAUAUAUUUUCGAGAAGAAGAAUGGUACAAACAGAACAAGGGGCAUGGGGGAGUUUUCUGACUUUAUCGAAGAUAUGAAGCUAGUUGACUUGCAACUAGAGGAUGCUAAGUAUACUUGGUUCAAAGGAGACCAACAUGAAAUUGCUGCCAAGAUUGAUAGGUUUUAGUUUCCAAAAAAUGGGAUGAUAGUUUCCAAAACAUGAAAUAACUCCCACUUCAAAGAUUGAGCUCUGACCACAUCCCUAUAGCACUACUUGGAGGGCCUUGGGAAAGGAACAAGAACUAUUUUAAAUUUGAAAAUUAGUGGUUGGAGACAGAAGGCUUCAUUGACAGGGUAAAAAACUGGUGGUCCUCUUUCAAUUUCUCAGGGAGGCCUGACUAUGUUCUACUAGCUUGCAAGCUUAAAACUUUGAAAUCCAAACUCAAAGAAUGGAGGAAUGGGGAGACUGGGAACUUGGGCAUACAAAGGAAGAAAUUACUUAAACAAAUGGCAGACUUGGAUACUAAGAGGGAAAAUAGAGUAUUCACUGACGAGGAGACGACUAAAAAGUCUGAAUUACUUCUAAAAUAUGAGGAGUUGCUUAAGAAAGAGGAGAUUUCAUGGAACAAAAGUCAAGAGUUCUCUGGUUGAAGGAAGGUGAUAAGAAUACUAAAUUCUUUCACAAAAUGGCAAAUGCUCAUGAAGAUACAACAAUAUUGACCAAUUGGUGAUACAGGGAGAACUUACCAAAGAACCAAGCCGAAUUGAAGGAGAAAUUGUGGACUAUUACAAAAAGUUAUACACAGAAUCCAUCCAGUAGAGACCUAUCUAUCAAAAUACUCAGUUCCCAGUUCUAACAGAGGAGGAUAGGGUAGCUCUCCAAAGCAACAUUGAUGAAACUGAAGUUUUGAGGUGCCUCAAGUUGUGUGCAUCUGAUAAAGCACCUGGGCCUGAUGGUUUCACUAUGGGUUUCUUUAUCAAGUGCUGGGAGGUGGUAAAGCAGGACAUUCUGGACACUUUUCAAAACUUCCAUGAUCAGAAAGUGUUUGAGAAGAGUUUUAACGCAACUUUUAUUGUACUUAUUCCUAAAAAGAAAGGUGCCAAAGAGUUGAGAGAUUUUAGACCUAUAAGUCUGAUUGGCAGUAUUUAUAAGCUGCUUUCUAAAGUACCGACUGAGAGACUGAAAGGGGUGAUUAGCAAGUUGGUAGAUUCUUAGCAAAUGACAUUCAUUAAAGGGAGACAAAUAAUGGAUGCAGUCCUGAUUGCCAACAAAGCUGUUGAUUCCAGAGUUGAGCAGAAAAAACCAGGUAUUCUUUGCAAGCUGGACAUAGAGAAAACGUAUGACCAUGUUAACUGGAGAUACCUUGUGAAAGUAUUAAAAAUGAUGGGUUUUGGCAGAAGUGGUUGAAAUGGAUGAAGCAAUGUAUCUCAACAGUCAACUUUUCAGUUCUAGUCAAUGGUUCUCCUGCAGGAUUCUUUCAAUCACAGAGAGGACUCAGGCAAGGUGAUCUUUUGUCACCUUUCUUGUUCCUAAUUGCUAUGGAAGGAUUGAAUAAUAUGAUCAAGACAACGAAAUUGAGAGGUUGGACGAGGGGUUUUGAAGUAGUCUGAGAAGGGGUUGACAGCCUGGAAGUGACACACCUUCAAUACGUGGAUGACACACUUAUCUUUUGUGACGCUGAGUAAGAUCAGCUGAAGCAUUUAAGGGUAAUCUUGGUUUUGUUUGAAGGGGUUUCUGGUUUGCAUAUUAAUUAGAGAAAGAGUCUUAUGUACCCUAUUAAUCAAGUCAACAACAUGAGUUGGUUAGCAACAAUCCUUGGUGGUGAAAUUGGCACUCUGCCAACUACAUCCUUGGGAUUACCUCUGGGAGCUAAAUCUAAGUCCAUAUAUAUGGAACAGUGUAAUUGAGAAGGGGUUGACAGCCUGGAAGUGACACACCUUCAAUACGCGGAUGACCCACUUAUUUUUUGUGACGCCGAGGAAGAUGAAGCAUUUAAAGGUAAUCUUGGUUUUGUUUGAAGGGGCUUCUGGUUUGCAUAUUAAUCGGAGAAAGAGUCUAAUGUACCCUAUUAAUCAAGUCAACAAUAUGAGCUGGUUAGCAACAAUCCUUGGUGGUGAAAUUGGCGCUCUGCCAACUACAUACUUGCGAUUACCUCUGGGAGCUAAAUCUAAGUCCAUAGAUAUAUGGAACAGUGUAAUUGAGAAGAGUGUGAAAAAAUUAGCCAGGUGGAAAUCACAAUACUUGUCUAUGGGUGGAAGAUUGACACUAAUCAAUUCAAUACUUGACGUUUUUCCAACUUACAUGAUGUCCCUUUUCCCAUCCCAGUAGAGGUCAUCAAGAGGUUGAACAACAUUAGGAGGAAAUUUUUGUGGCAGGGCAAUAAGGAAAAGAAAGGAUUUCACUUAGUAAAGUGGAAAUCAGUGAUAACUGGGAAGAAGAAUGGUGGUCUGGGGAUUAAGAACCUAAACUUGCAAAUUAAAGCUCUUAGAAUGAAAUGGUUAUGGAAGUAUGCAAAUGGUAACCAAUAGUUAUGGAAAAGGGUGAUUGGAGCUAAAUACGUAGCAGAAGACAAAUGGAUGACCAAAGUUGUGACUUCUCCCUAUGGGGUCAGCCUUUGGAGAUCCAUUAGGAACCUGUGGGAUGAAGUGAAAAGCAACUCAAAGGUGAAAGUGUUUGAUGGGGCCAAGACCAAGUUCUAGAAGGAUAACUGGCAUGAGAAAGGCAACUUGGAAGAGUUAUUUCCUGACAUCUAUAGCUUAGUCACAUUUCAGCAAGGGUAUAUAGCAGAUUUAUGGACACCGCAGGGUUGGAACUUCAACUUCAGGAGACAACUUAAUGACUGGGAAGUUCAGAGGUUAGCUGAAUUUGUCAACACAAUGGUGCCUUUCAACGUACUCCAAACAGGGGAGUAUAUCUUUUGGUGGACAGGAAACAAUAGAGGAGUAUACAAAGUCAAUAGAGCUUAUAAGUUGAUGGAUCAGGCAAACCAGCAGAAUAUAAAUUGGCCAUGGAAACCAAUCUGGAAAAGUAGAAUACCACACAAAGUAUCAUGCUUUGUCUGGUUGCUGGCCAAAGAAGCAGUCCUAACUCAAGAUAAUGUUAUGAAGAGAGGGAUAACCUUAUGCUCUAGAUGCUUUCUUUGUGAGGAAACAUUAGAGACUGUUAACAAUUUGUUUCUACACUGCAAGUACACUCAACAACUAUGGAGCAUUUUUUUUAGUCUUAAAGGCAUUUACUGGGCAUUAAAGAGCUGGGAAGAUUCAGGAGCACAGGCGAAGGACAGAGACAGAUGGAGACUUAUCCCUGCUGCUAUAUGGUGGGCAAUAUGGAAAGAGAGGAACUUUAGGUGUUUUGAGAGCAUAGAGAAUAGUGUACAGAAUGUGAAGCUUAACUGCAUUCUACUGUUAUGUUUUUGGUGUAAUCAGUUAUACUCAAAUGCUACUGUCUCUAUAAUUGAUGUUUUAGACUCAAUUUAGUCAUAGAGCAGUAAGAUUUGGGGACCACUUGUAGAUAAGGUUUCAGUACAACCUAUGCACUACCUAUGCACUGUUUUGUGAUAUCAUACAAAGUUACCAAGUUCAAAAAAAAAAUAGAGCUUACAAUCCAAGAAGAGUUCUAAAUUAUUUACAGGGGUCAAUUUGGACCAGGUAAGGAGGCUAACUAAAUAUCUUUCUCGCAAAAGACUACUAGAAGUUGAAAUUCCAUCAAAACAUCUUUUGCUCCUCGCUAUCCAUAAACACCAAAAUAUAACACCCGGGGUCAUCAUCCAGACACUCUUGAUGGUUUUUUCAGCUUCCCGUGAACUCCAACUUUCAAGAGCAUCCUUAACGGAGAAGGGCAUGACCCAAAAAAGACCAAAAAACAACAGAACAUAUUACAAAGGUCCAAGGCAGCUGGACAACGCAGUAACAAGUGGUUGACACUUUAUGUGUGCUUGUGGCAGAAGUAGCAUCUGUUGGCAAGCUGGAAUUUCUUUUUGGAGAGAUUAUCCUGUAUUCCUGUGUGAGGCAUGAGUUGAGCUGUGCAGUCCAGCUGAAACAUAUUACUUUGAUAGGUAGUUUAGUCUUCCAUACAAGCUUCCAUGGUCAUUUGUCAAUCAUGGAGUUCCUUGAGCAUAAGCUGUGAUAGCCUUCCUUGACCGUGUAGUGACCUUUUCUUGAGUUACCCCAUUUCAAUCUAUCGAGCUCUCGGGGUGAAAAGGAGCAAGGCUGCAAUUUGGCAAAAAAGUCGAAGAUGUCAUUAAGUUCCCAGUCAUGAAGGUUUCUCCUGAACCUUAUGUCCCAAUUGUCAUCUAAUCUGUUGCAUGCUAUGAUAGAAUCUGGUUCAGCUGCAAUGGUGUACAAACUUGGGAAUUCCUCACUCAAAAUUGUAUCCCCCAACCAUAUGUCCUUCCAAAAUUUGAUGCGAGAGCCAUUCCCCACCCUAAAAGUGAUGUUCUCAGCAAAAUCAGGCCAAAGUUUACUGAUGCUUUUCCUUAGGCCAAAUUUGUUAUUGUUAAGACUGAAAAGUUGUAUUAUGAUGGUUGAGCAUCAUUUCCGAUAAAUGGCGAAUAAAUGAUAGCAGGACAUGGCUUCUUUAUUAAAACUAUGCUGGUAAAAGAGAAAAGCACAACGAAGCAACACGGUGCUUGGGCUUGAAACGGAAAGCAAGAAGUGCAGCUCACAAUAUUUUCAUAAAAUUGCAAAAUUCCAAACAUAUUGGUCUGGAGUGGUGGUUGUUAUAGUAAAAGGAGUUAUUCUACGUGAAUAUGUUGCAAGAUAAUAUUUUGGUGAUUCUUGCAAGGGUGUUUUUUGUUACAAUCUUUGAAGUAACAAAGAGAUUUGUAUAUCUCUCCAUUUUGUUAUGCAUAACAAAGACACAUAAUUUGUUGAUUGAUAUAACUUAGCUUUUCUCUAUCAUAUUCUGCAGCCCGGUCCAUGAUGGAAAGCUGAAAAGGGUUCUUAGACAUGAGGAACUUAUCCCAAAUAAAAAAAAUUAAGGGAAGAAGAUAAGUUCUUUGAUAAGAUUAGUGUACCUGUUUUUAUGUGCAGAAAUGUUGAAAACGUUAUGAAGGAGAAAGGAAGAGGAUGAGUAUGCUUCUGGAGGCAACAAUCCUACGAAGAGACUAUAUCUUCUAGAACCGAUGAUUCUGAAAUUUCCGAUCACAUCAUAGUUUGUCACAUUUCUAAGAAUCAGAAAGUAUCAGUUAGGAACUUCGAAGGAAGAUAAUGGUGGACAUUCGAGAGUAUAAUUUCGAAGAUGGAGCAUAUGCGGAGAAAUAAAGGCUUCUCAUUGAGUAUGUAUAUGGGGAAUGUUGUCAGAGAUCAUGCAGAAGAAAUUGACGAGAUGGGUCAACAAACAGUAGAUUCAAAGUCAAGUGACCAUGAUAAACAGCUGUCGGUGCCAGUAGCCUUAAUGGGACCUGCAACAAAAGAUUCAGAGAGUGAGAAUAUGAUUGCUACCUCCAAAUCUAUUGAAAGCCCACUAUUUCCUGAAGUGAAUAAUAUGGCCAAUAAAGUUUCUAAUAUAACUGGCUCAAAAAGACCUACCCCGGAAUGCCUAGUGAACCCACUCAACCGAUGCUCAACAAACAAUUCUGGUACUGGGCAUCUUGUCUAUGUUCGUAGAAAACCUGAAGGAGAGUUGAGCAAAACUGCUGCUAAUAACAAUCAAAGUGGUGUCCCUGAUGAGCCACAACUGAAAAAGCUUAGUCAACAUGAUGAGAAAACUCAGACUGAAGUCCAGAUGAAGGAAGCUAGAUAUUACAUUCCAGAAGUUUCAUCAAUCUCGUGGACUCCUUCAAGGUGCUCCUUGUCCACAAAACCUUCAGUUCCUCCCUCCGCUGGAGAGUCCAACAACAAUUUAGCUUCAGUUAAUGUUAGCAACCAUCAAGUCACGUCUACCAGACUAUUGUUUGAUAAUCCCAAGAAGGUUAAUUUUAAGCACUGGGAAGAGCGGUAUAUCCAAUUGCAGAACUUGCUGCGCAAACUGGAGCAGUCAAAGCAAGAGGAUUAUGUUCUGAUGCUUCGUUCUCUAUCCUCUGUUGACCUAAGCAAUCAUGCUGUUGAACUGGAGAAGAGGUCCAUCCGGCUUGCCUUGGAGGAAGCGAGAGAAGCACAACGAGUAAGAGUGUUGGACGUUUUGGGGAAAUACCCAAAGAACCCCAGCGCGUCUUUUGCUUGAUGUCCUGAACAGCCUCAGGAAGAAGGAAAUGUAACAUUGUAUUCUUAAACAGAAUUUGUACAUGUUGUAGCCUGAUAAUUCACUAGUGUUGUAGUUGAGAGUAUAUUUGUCUGGUCUUAAGCUAGUUGUGCUGUAGCUAUCCUUUGUCAACACUAACUUAUAGCUCCUUUAUUGAGGAAAUGAAAAUGUCUUUCCUUAGGUCCAUCAACGACCGUUGAGAUUGAA